AGGCCGGGCACAAUCUUCCUGUGUGGUUUCAGCUGCCGAGAGUGUCAUGGACCUGGGGAAGCCAAUGAAGAGCGUGCUUGUGGUGGCCCUGCUCAUCAUCUUCCAGGUGUGCCUGUGCCAGGAUGAGGUCACGGACGAUUACAUCGGAGACAACACCACAGUGGACUACACGCUGUACGAGUCCGUGUGCUUCAAGAAGGACGUGCGGAACUUUAAAGCCUGGUUCCUCCCGGUCAUGUACUCCAUCAUUUGCUUCAUGGGCCUGCUGGGCAACGGGCUGGUCAUGCUGACCUACAUCUAUUUCAAGAGGCUCAAGACCAUGACCGAUACCUACCUGCUCAACCUGGCCGUGGCGGACAUCCUCUUCCUCCUGACCCUUCCCUUCUGGGCGUACAGCGCGGCCAAGUCCUGGGUCUUCGGGGUCCACGUUUGCAAGCUCAUCUUUGGCAUCUACAAGAUAAGUUUCUUCAGCGGCAUGCUCCUGCUUCUAUGCAUCAGCAUCGACCGCUAUGUCGCCAUCGUCCAGGCCGUCUCGGCCCACCGCCACCGUGCCCGCGUCCUUCUCAUCAGCAAGCUCUCCUGCGUGGGCAUCUGGCUGCUGGCCGUGGUGCUCUCCACCCCAGAGCUGCUGUACAGCGGCAUUCAGAAGAGCAGCAGUGAGCAGGCGCUGCGGUGCUCCCUCAUCACCGAGCGCGUGGAGGCCCUGAUCACCAUCCGGGUGGCUCAGAUGGUGGUAGGCUUUCUGAUCCCCCUGGUGGCCAUGAGCUUCUGCUACCUUCUCAUCGUCCGCACCCUGCUCCAGGCACGCAACUUCGAGCGCAACAAGGCCAUCAAGGUGAUCAUUGCCGUGGUCGUGGUCUUCGUAGCCUUCCAGCUGCCCUACAACGGGGUGGUCCUGGCCCAGACGGUGGCCAACUUCAACAUCACCGGCGGCACCAGCUGCGAACUCAGCAAGCAGCUCAACAUCGCCUACGAUGUCACCUACAGCCUGGCCUGCAUCCGCUGCUGCGUCAACCCUUUCUUGUACGCCUUCAUCGGCGUCAAGUUCCGCAGCGACCUCUUCAAGCUCUUCAAGGACCUAGGCUGCCUCAGCCAGGAGCGGCUCCGGCAGUGGUCCGCCUGCCGGCACGCCCGACGCUCCUCCAUGAGCGUGGAGGCUGAGACCACCACCACCUUCUCCCCGUAGGAGGCUCCUCUGCCUGGACCAGAGGGACCUCUCCCAGGGCCCCUCAGACUGGGGACAGAUGACCUAACAGCUGCUGAGGGAAAGGCCGUUCUGGCCAUUGAGCUUUAUCUCGUGGUGAAAACCCAAAGCCACAGAAGACAGAUGAAGCCCAAACCUCACCCAAGGUUGCAAAGAGAUGUGGUUGAUAAGCUAUCCCAGAUCCUGCAACACUCCAAAACCAAGGCCGUUGUCCCCCAAACCCCAAACGAGAGGUGAAAGUCAAGAAACGGUUCACCCCUCCUGGAGUGAAAGGGCAGGCAUUGGUGAGAUCUAGGGUGGUGGAAGGGGCCUGGCCAUUGUUCCCAUCAAUCUUCUAGAAAGAAGUCCUCCCUGAGACUCAGGGUGAGGGCUUCCAGAAAGCAAGGCUUUGUCCCCAAGACCAGAGACAGUGGGGCAACUUCUCACCUGUGCAGGGGAAGGGGGAUGCCAGUGGGUCAAACUAACGCUCUGAAUCCCUCCCUCCAUCUCUCUUUUCUCCUGUCAUCUGAGCCAGCAAGAAACGGCAGCCUCCAUGGCCCCUCACCAGCCACCUUUCCUCAGGCUCUCCACGCUGAAGGGGUGUGGUGUUUCCCGCAGGCCAGGCCUGGCCACAGCCAUUUUCCCAGACAGGGCGCUGGGGCAGGGAUGACGCGUGGCUGGCCCUUCUCAGGUCUCAGCUCUGCUAGGAAAGGGGGAGAAGGCAGGGAGAAAGUUUAGGGGCCAGGGGUGGGGACGACGCUGGCUGCCACCAGCCAAUGAGCUCCUUCUUUGUUCUUUGCCACGGGGACAAAAAUCUCUCCUCCUGUUCUGCUUUCAAUUCAUUAAGAGAGCACAUUUUACUCAUACACAAAUAAAAGUUUUCCCUUGAGGAAACAACAGCUUGAAAAGAAAGGGAAAAAAA